ACUUCCGCACACUGUAACCUAAUCCGUUUGACAUCUAAAAAUGGGCCUUGAGACUGAGAGCAACGCGUCCGUCCUGUACCCAACACUUACUGACAGCAGAACCGGAUAAAGACGCACCGAUCAGGACCGGAAGCGAUUUUAAACCUCAAGAAUCGUAGUGUGAGCAGUUUUGCAGGGUUUUAUUUUGCAUCCGCAGGCUGUUUGUGUAUAGCAACAACAAUAAUAAUAGUCUAAUAAUAAUAAUAACUUACCUGGCAGCUGGAUUAUCCCUCUCUUUAAACAAACCCAUCAGAGCAAUCUAAACGGGAUUUGUAUUGCUGCUUUGUCUGAAGGCAUCCUGGGGCACUGUGUGCUGCUGUCAGCUCUGGAUGAUCCUCCUCCUGCUCCUGUGGAUCAGUAAAGCAGAUCCUGUGUUUUAGCUGAAGUUAGUUGUCCAGACUAGCAGUGGCUGGGCUUUAGUUAGCAGAUUGUGCAGGCGCUGAUUUCAUUUCCACACCACUGCCUUUUCCUGCUUCACUCCAAAGAGAUCGGAGGCAAAAAGCGGUGAGAUUUCAACCCCAUAACCAUCACCAGGCUUCAACAACAACAACAACAACAAAGGAUUUGGCUUCAGUUUCAUCUGGAGAAGAAAGAAACACCAAGAAACCUGACAUGAUGUUUCCACAAGCCAGGCACUCGGCCGCGUCUCAAUCAGCACAACCGCUAAAGUUCACCACGUCGGACUCAUGCGACCGCAUUAAAGACGAGUUCCAGUUUCUCCAAGCACAAUAUCACAGUCUAAAGCUGGAGUGUGAUAAACUGGCCACAGAGAAAUCAGAGAUGCAGCGUCACUACAUCAUGUACUACGAGAUGUCAUACGGGCUCAACAUUGAGAUGCACAAACAGGCUGAGAUUGUAAAGAGGCUGAAUGCCAUCUGCGCUCAGGUGCUGCCCUACCUAUCCCAAGAGCAUCAACAGCAGGUCCUGGGAGCGAUUGAGCGAGCUAAACAAGUCACUCCACCAGAGAUGAACUCAAUCAUUCGGCAGCAGCUCCAGGCCCACCAGCUCUCUCAGCUGCAGGGUUUGGCUCUACCUAUGACCCCUCUGCCCCUGGGCUUGACCCCCCCUACCCUGCCCUCCUCUUCCUCCUCGACCUCCACUGCUCCAGGUCUCUUCUCUCUCUCCAGCAUCCUGGCGUCCCACGCUCACCUCGCCAAGGAAGAGAAGAACGCCCGUGACGCUGCUAACAGCGCCGACACGCACCGCGACGACGACGGAGACAAAUCCGACUGAGUCCACUCGAAUGCGUCUCUCACUGAGGCGAAGAGAGCACAGAGAGACAAUGAAAAGAGCACAGCAUUGUUUUUCAUCUUCAUUUACGUCUCGCAUUCUUCUUCUAAAGCCUCUUGCUUUUCUGAAUGCAUGCCUUCGCUUAAAGAAGUCCUUUAUAGUUGUGAUAAAAUUGGACUUUUUGUUUGUUUGUUUGUUUUUUUGCUUUGCAUUUUCAUUUCCUGGCCUGCUGUUUGCCGUCCCUGCUUCCUCGUUUGGGUUUGUCAAGCGCGUAUUAUUAUUAUUAUUAUUAUUAUUCCGCUGCAGGAUCCACGGCUUCCUGCAGCCUGCUCAUUCGACUUUUCCGAUAUCGUUCCAUAUUUCCAGAGCUCCUUCUCAUAUGAGCUAGUCCUCAGACUAAACAGAGCAGCUUCUGGAUUAAACCGAGGAGAUGAUCCUCUUUCCAGACGCUCAGACAAUCCGUCAUUUCUGUAUUCCCUCUUUGCAGACGUGGCAGAAUCAGAUCCAGUUUGAAAGAUCGUAUUAUGAAAGCACAAUUAGCCGAAUCAGCAGUGACAUGCUUUAAUAGCUGUACAACCCAGUUAGGUUUUUUUUUUUUGGCUUCAUCUAUCUAUAUCUAUACCUAUAUCUGCUUAAAACAUUGCAUUUCAAAGAAUGCUAGAUCUGUAAUAAUCAUAGUUUUAAAGAUACCUUAGGAAAAAACCACACUUUCUUACUUUAUUUCCAUCCAGAUGUUUAUAAUUGUUUCUUUAUUUCAGCUUCCUGUUUACAGUUUUCGACCCUGAUUUUUCUUUUUUUUUCCCCUUCCACUUUCUCCUUAAAAGUAAAGGUCUAUACACAUACAGCGUGACGCAAAUAAGAUGCGAAAGUGCGAAAAAAAUCGUUGAUGAAUUAAACGCAACAUUAAUAUUCACGUUAAAUGUCACGCGAUUAUGCGAGAUUUCCACAAAAACAAUUGAAUGACGAUGGAGUCGACAAAAAGGGAGUAAAAAUUUUUGGAACAUCCUGUCCUGAGAUGUAGCCAAGAACGUGCGGAGUUUUAUUGCUUGGUUCAGGAGUUGCUAAGAUUGAUAGCAAGCUUCACAACAUUACAAUGCAAGUCACAGACCCUGGACUGUAAUUCCACCGUUUAUAUUGCACCUGGUCUUUUUUUUUUAUUUUUUUUUUCCCCUCCAGAGAUUGUCUUUCAAGUUAUCUUUAUAAUUUUUGUUGCCCAGGUCAAACAGUACAGGAUUUCGAGUCAAAAUGAACAAGAAGCCGUGUUUCCAUUAACCUACUUAAUAUGUAGUAUGAAAUAGCAAACUCAAAAAAAAAGCUAGUAACGCAAACAUGAGUCUUAAAAAAAUUUUAUUACAAAAUGAGGUUUUUUUUUUUUUUAAAGAUGAAUCGAUAAAGCAAUAUUUUGCAAAAAUUGCAAUGGAAGCACAUUUUUCUCAUUUGAAUCCCAUGACAUGACCAAAUGGAAACGCUACCUUUCAUUCCAUGGAAACAUGGAACAUUCGCAAUUGUUCGUUCAUCUCGUUAUCUCUAGCCGCUUUAUCCUGUUCUACAGGGUCGCAGGCAAGCUGGAGCCUAUCCCAGCUGACUACGGGCAAAAGGCGGGGUACACCCUGGGCAAGUCACCAGGUCAUCACAGGGCUGACACAUAGACACAGACAACCAUUCACACUCACAUUCACACCUAUGGUCAAUUUAGAGCCACCAGUUAACCUAACCUGCAUGUCUUUGGACUGUCGGGGAAACUGGAGCACCCGGAGGAAACCCACGCGGACACGGGGAGAACAUGCAAACUCCACACAGAAAGGCCCUCGCCGGCCACGGGCUCGAACCCAGGACCUUCUUGCUGUGAGGCGACAGCGCUAACCACUGCACCACCGUGCUGCCCCAUUCGCAAUUGUGUUUUGUUGAAAUUUUUAAAAUAUGGCUUCUCUUGGGCGCUAAACUGCAAUGGAAAAACCCAGCUAGAGACUCCGCCGUGCCUGCAGCAGUGUGCUGAUGUUUCCAUAACCUGCACCCUGAUUGGUUGAAUGCAUUCCUUUCAAGGGUGAAAUAUUAAAGUCGAAUCUGUUGCAGAAAAAAGACACAUACGUAUGUGAAAAAGCGACAAACCUUCAUCUUUGAUGUGAAAGUGUUCGUUUACAGGAUAGUCUUUUUAAAUAAAAAAGGGAUGAAAAAAAUCAUAAUGAAUCGCACUGUAUGUGUCGAGACCUGAUAUUCACUCCCUGUGAACUUUUCUAGAUUUUGUAGUGUUACAGCAUGGUGGUGGUAGCAUUGUGGUGGGUUAAAAAAAAAAAAAGCAAAGUCAGAGAAGCAACCCAGAGGCCAAGACUAAGGGCCUGGGGUCCGACAACACCGAUAACUAUAACUCCAGCUAUGACUAUCCCUCUGCCUGAAUUUAGUUCCAGUCUGGAGCAGUCACACCACAACUAUAAUCCGACUAUAAUCUCGCUUGGUCCUGACACUCAGGAAAAUAAAUGCAUGCAACUUCGGAAUAGUCAUGGAAGUUUUUUCCAAGUUGUAGCACAUUAUUCCAGGUCAUACUGUACAGUUUGGACUCCAAAACAACCCAUGUACACACUCCGGUGGUUGAUAAAAUACCGCGGAACAGUAACAGACUGCGGAAAUAUAAUAAAAAAGGAUACAAAAUACGGAGUGGUUAAGGAUUUUAAUACGGAUGCAUCAUGGAUGCUAAUAAUUUCAGUAUAUUACAGAUUCGUUACGGAUUUCAUACAGAUGAUGUGUUACGGAUAAAAAAUUAAGAAGUCUAAAACAAAUGUUUGGAUUGCUGAAGUUCAUAAUUAAAAUCUCCUACCUGCAUUUACACUACCGUUCAAAAGUUUGGGGUCACCCAGACAAUUUUGUGUUUUUCUAUGAAAAGUCACACUUUUAUUUACCACCAUAAGUUGUACAAUGAAUAGAAAAUAUAGUCAAGACAUUUUUCUGGCCAUUUUGAGCAUUUAAUCGACCCCACAAAUGUGAUGCUCCAGAAACUCAAUCUGCUCAAAGGAAGGUCAGUUUUAUAGCUUCUCUAAAGAGCUCAACUGUUUUCAGCUGUGCUAACAUGAUUGUACAAGGGUUUUCUAAUCAUCCAUUAGCCUUCUGAGGCAAUGAGCAAACACAUUGUACCAUUAGAACACUGGAGUGAGAGUUGCUGGAAAUGGGCCUCUAUACACCUAUGGAGAUAUUGCACCAAAAACCAGACAUUUGCAGCUAGAAUAGUCAUUUACCACAUUAGCAAUGUAUAGAGUGGAUUUCUGAUUAGUUUAAAGUGAUCUUCGUUGAAAAGAACAGUGCUUUUCUUUCAAAAAUAAGGACAUUUCAAAGUGACCCCAAACUUUUGAACAGUAGUGUGUAUGUUCAUUGAUAAUUCAUGGAAAAUAUCACACAUCCAUGAAUAAAAGAUCCAUGCUUUGUAUUAUAUUUUUUAUUUUCCGUGAAUCCGUAUUCCAUGACUUCACGAUGCAACAAGGAUGUACAAAGAUGCCCGGGGGAAAAAUAGCACGUGCUCAGACAACGUCACAUGUAAAUAAUAACAAUUACCUGAUUGGUCAGAUUUUUAUCAGAUCAGGUCCAGGCCUCCAGAAGCAAAUCUCACUGAUUUCGAUAAACCCAAGCCUGGGCUGUAGAGAUUGUUAUCGGUCUGGUGUGAGCACCAACCACAUAAACUGCAGGAGACUGAUUUAUUUAUAGUUACCGCUAUAGUUGUAGUUAUAGUUAUCUGUAUUGUGGGACCGGACUGUAACUCUCAGCAUGACCUGGCAAACUAGUCCGUUUCAGUUUCAGGUUUUCGCCACUAGUUUAUAACGACAGUCAAACAAACACCAUUUUGUAAACCGUUCUGCUUUUUCCGCUACGUUCACACUGCAAGGCUUAAUGCUCAAUUCCGAUUUUUUUGUGAAAUCCGAUUUUUUUGUGAGGUCGUUCACAUUAACAAAUAUAUGCGACUUGUAUGUGAUCCUCAGUAUGAACGAAAAGCGACCUAAAAGUGUUCCGCACGUGCAUUGCAGGAUACGACGACGUCACACGCAGUGAGCAUGGCCAGUGUUUACGGAAGUAAAACCGCCCGGUUGCGGUAUGACUCAUCCAAUCUAGCUUGAAUAGCUGCAUCCCCCCAAAUGGAAAUCAGCUCCCUAACCUCUGCGUCCUUCCAUUGAGAAGAUUCAGAACCUUCACAGCCCGAAGCGUCCCUCGCAUUGAUGUCAUGCGCAGGGGCGCAGAUACGUUUUUUGAACUGGGGGGACAAAAAACUGGGGGGACAAAGCUGCCAGCAAACCAACCCCAACCCCAAUAUGCCUGUCAAACUUGUUGUUAGUAACCAUAGCAACCAAGCUCGAGCUCGCAACCUGUGCAGUCUGCGCAGCUCAACCAACCGAAUAUCAGUCUUUGUUUUGUUUUAUGUGAAUUGUUGCAACUAUGUAUGUACUGCUGUGCACCUCAAUAAACCGAAUGGUAAUUAGUCUUUUGAUUUUUCCGUGAGGUUUGCCUUAUGCAAAGAAAGACAGCAUAGACGUUUUUUCCUCCCUAUAGGACCGAAGUGGGGGGGACCGAACAAGGUGAAUUUAAAUCUGGGUGGGACGAGUCCCACCCUCUAUCUGCGCCCGUGAUUAUGCGCCAUGUUGUUGUAACUUUUUUGAGAGACCCGCCGCCUACUUCAGCGCAGAAUAGUGACGUUUGUGGCUUGUUGAUGACGUGUAAGUCGGAUGAAUGCGACCUGGCGGUUCAGACUGAAGUCGCAUAUGAAAAGAGCGGAUAGGAAUCGGAAUUAGGACCACAUAUCCAAACGGCCUGGGUCGGAUUUGAAAAAAUCGGAUCUGUGUCGUUCAUAUUGUCAAUAAAAGAUCGGAUACAGGUCACAUAUGGGCGAAAAGAUCGGAUUUGAGUCACUUCAGCCUGCAGUGUGAACGUAGCCUUCUGUUCUUAUUGACUUAGGCCAUGUACACACGUAGCCGGAUAUUUUUAAAACCGAACUUUCCCCCCCUCCGUUUAUAAAAAUGUUUUAUCCACACCACCUCGUCUUCGAAAAAAAUCCCUUCCACACAUAACCGAACAUCUGCGUUUUCAAUCACAUUCAUAAGCAUUCCAAACCUGUAGAUGGCAUUAUUUCCCCAAAUCCUACCCCCUAAUCACAUCAGAAUAGCCCUCUGUUGGCGUCACUUCCGCCUAAACGUAAAACAUGGCGCCAAGCUCGUUCGUCUGGACAGACUCGGAGACAGAAUUGCUUCUAAACACAAUUUUGGAGUAUAAACUUCAAAAGACGCAAGAAAACGUUGAUUGGGAAUCUUGUCAGUAGUUGGGCUUCUAAAAUUAAACAUGUAAAUAGCACCUGCACAAUAAUUAACGCUUUCAAGGCACUACUCCGAUCCAUUACUCUUUGUCCAUGCUUAAUCUGGCUUCUGCGGUAAACAAAGGUCGCACGUUUGACGUCAGGGCAGAUUUGUUGUCAUUUUUUUGGCGCAGAUUGUGACGUUCUAAAACGCAAAACUCCGGUUAUCUCUGUCUACACGAAAAGGCAUACACGGAGUUUUCAAAAAUCUUCACUUUGCCCGGAGUUUUUUUAAAUAUUCGUUUUUGAUGUGUUUUCAUGUGGAUGACAGGCCAAAACGUAGAAAAAUAUCUUCGAUUUAGCAGAUACCCGGCUACGUGCGGACGGGGUCUUAGACACAUGGCAAAGUCUUUGGGACGGGAUUUUGUGCUUUGCACUUUCUCUAUAAUAUGACGGUGCAUUUUUUUCUUAUUCCUAUCUUCAAGAGAGAGGAAAAGUGAGGCUGAUGAGGGAACAACAGUUUAUCGCUGCUGUAAUGUAAACGAUAACAGGAACGCCUUCAUUUCAUGGACUUUCCAGAACAUUAAACAGAACUAUAAAUGGAUAAAUAGUAGGCUACAAGGUAUCUCUUCAGUUUAUAAAAAAUGUGGCAAUCGUUGCCAAAUUGAUGUGGUGUUUUAAAAAAAAAAAAGAAUAAAACACUUCAGACGUAACCACUCCAUCAUUGAUUAGUUUCCUAGAACAGUGUGCGCCAUUGUGUUUUAUUCUUUACACAUAUCAGCGCUCACGUUUUUUUUUUUUUUUAAUUCUUCCCUGCAGCGCUUCUCAUUUACAGCUUGUUUCAAAAGCAGACACGAAAGGCCGACUCUGCUUCUCCAUUUUCAUUUCAGUCUCCUCACGCUUUGCUGCAGGCAAGCGGUUUUCAGAGCGACUAAUGGAGUGUGUGCGCUCGAACAUGUUUUCCUCUUCUGCUACAAAAGGAGGUGUAUUGUUCUGCCGCUCUUGCCUCCUCCCUGCACCUCUCUUCUCCAUUCACUCUCUCCGCAAGCUGUGUGCACAUGGGGUUUGUGGUGUGAAUAGUGAAAUGGUGCCAUAUACAAUUAAAAAUAAACAAAUAAGAAAUGCA